AUGGCAUAUAUCUCUCUUGACAACGUGGUCGAGUACCAAUAUCCUAAGCCUAAGAAGCCAUCCAAAUUGCCUCUGAUCCCUUGUGGAGCUUCUUCGUUUCAAUCGACCACCGAACCUUUCCUUAACCGUUCUACUUCUGUCGAUGUUUGCACAACAGUGGUACCGCCUGCGUCAGCUAGCGAGAAUCCAUCCUCUUUGGCAAAUAUCAACUCUGUGGCUACACAGACUCAAAUUCAAAUUGAGGAGUCUUGUCCACCGCCGGCAGCCACAAUCGUCGACUCUGAUGGAUUCGAUGAGAAGGACAAAAACAAAGACCAGAACAUAUGUGAUCAGAAGAUAGAGCAGGAUGCGUGUCAAAGCUUAAUAGAAUCUCUAGAAACAGAGAUGUCGCCCCUUGUUUCUGAUAGUGGAUGUGAGCAACACUGCAGCACUGUCCUAGAAACUUUUAUUGAAGAAAUACCGUCAACCGUUCUAGAUGACCCCAUCGCCUCGGCGGUUCAGUCUGACACAACUGGUAUAGAUCAAAUGUUAAUGAGUCCUGUCAAUACUCCAACCGGUGACGCAAUGUGCCUCGACACUCUAGCGGAUAAGGGUAGGCAACGAUCUGUGUGUCAACACUCUCCGAUUGCUGAAGUGGCAGUAGCCCAGUUUGCGCCCACUUAA